UGGCUGUUUAUUUACCGCAGCUUAUUUUUUUUCUGCUAGCCAUCGUUAGCCGGAUAAGUUAGCCUCUCGUUUGCUUGUUAGCUAGCAUUUUGUAUCGGCUAAUCAGCUCCACACAGACUGGCACUGUCAGAGAAUGAACUUGGUAUUCAGUGUAGAGACGCCGACACAUCGUAGCUCCCUACAGACCCGAUGGAAAACUACUGGAUCAGACACAUUGGCUCAGACAUUAAUACAUUAAUAUAGGCAUUAACACGACCGUUUUUUGUGUGUGUGCUUAAAGGGGCUACUCGCUUGAUUUCCAUCCAUCCUACACAUUAGCACUGGGAGCAGCUGCUGAGCGGAAUCAAACGUUUGCUUCGUGUUUUUCUACAUAUGCGGCCACCGGGGAAUAAAGCCUGUGCCGUUUUAAAAUACAUCCACAUGCCAUAAGGAUUCGAGUUCAGAUGUGAUACGGCACAGGAUAGGGUGCACGCAGUGUAUUUAGCUUUCGAGUCCUGCCCCUCUUGCAAAAGGUUUCCACACAACUGUGAAUUGUCAUUUCAGUCGACUUCGAUGGAUAAGGAUGGCAGGAGGGUGUUUAAUCGUCAUGAUCGUUUCCCUGCUGACUAGUCACUCCUUCACUGAGGGACCUCAGCCCUUUUUGAUUUCUGGACUUACCAGGGAUGCAGGGAUGAGAUAAUAAAGUCAACUGGCUGGUGCAUGCUGCUGCAACAACUCUUGUGGCACUUGUGAACCCACCUCUCCCAGCCCCCAACCCCUCCCCAAGCUAAGUUAAUCUCAACAGACAAAACAUGACGACACCGGCUCUCCUGCCGCUGUCGGGCCGCAGGAUACCCGCUCUGUCACCGGGCGCCUCCUCUUUCCCGCACCACAGAGCUACGUUGAGGCUCUCAGAGAAAUUCAUCCUCCUCCUCAUUCUUAGUGCCUUCAUCACUUUAUGUUUUGGGGCCUUCUUCUUCCUCCCGGACAAUUCCAAGCACAAGCGCUUUGACCUGGGCUUGGAGGAUGUGCUCAUCCCUCAUAUUGACUCGCCCAAAGAGGGGAAGCAUGCUUCUGGACAGGUGGUCAUACAUGGACAGGGAGGACAUGAUGAGCACAGACACAGGGAGGAGGAGGAGAGCCUGAGGGACAAGAUUCGGGCAGACCAUGAGCGAGCGCUGCAGGAGGCAAAGGAGAAGCUGAGAAAGUCACGUGAGGAGCUGCAGGCUGAGAUUCAAACAGAGAAGAACAAAGUGAUGGAGGACCUGAAAAAGAAGGACACGGGGCCUAAACCCUUGCCUCCAGUCCCCAUGCCAAAAGUGGUGGGCGUCAGCGAUGGAGAGCCACCAGAGCCUGACGCCAAAGAGAAGCGUGACAAGAUCAGAGAGAUGAUGAAGCACGCGUGGGACAGCUACAGACAGUACGGCUGGGGUCAUAAUGAGCUGAAGCCCCUCGCCAAGAAAGGACAUUCCACAAAUAUCUUUGGUAAUUCCCAGCUAGGGGCGACCAUCGUGGACGCCUUAGACACUCUGUACAUCAUGGGUCUCCACGAGGAGUUCAAGGACGGCCAGGAGUGGAUCGAACAGAAUCUGGACUUCAGUGUGAAUGCCGAGGUGUCCGUGUUUGAGGUCAACAUUCGUUUCAUAGGAGGACUUCUGGCCGCCUACUACCUCUCUGGACAGGAAGUAUUCAAACUGAAGGCGGUCCAGCUGGCCGAGAAGCUGCUCCCUGCCUUUAAUACCCCCACAGGAAUCCCCUGGGCCAUGGUCAACCUUAAGAGUGGCGUUGGUCGUAACUGGGGCUGGGCGUCAGCAGGCAGCAGCAUCCUGGCUGAGUUUGGGACUCUUCAUAUGGAGUUUGUUCACCUCACCUAUCUGACAGGGAACCCAGCCUACUACCAGAAGGUGAUGCACAUCCGGAAGCUGCUAGCCAAAAUGGAUCGACCCAACGGGCUCUACCCGAACUACCUGAACCCCCGUACGGGCCGCUGGGGCCAGCACCACACGUCAGUUGGAGGACUCGGGGACAGCUUUUACGAGUACCUGCUGAAGGCGUGGCUCAUGUCAGACAAGACAGAUACAGAAGCCCGCAAGACCUACGAUGACGCCAUCGAGGCCAUCGAGCGGCACCUGAUACGCAAAUCCAACGGCGGUCUGACGUUCAUCGGCGAGUGGAAGAAUGGCCACCUGGAGAGGAAGAUGGGCCACCUGGCCUGCUUCGCCGGUGGCAUGUUUGCGUUGGGCGCCGACGGCUCGCCCGACGACAAGGCCGGACACUACCUGCAGCUGGGAGCCGAGAUCGCACACACCUGCCACGAGUCCUACGACAGGACGGUGCUGAAGCUUGGCCCGGAGGCCUUCAAGUUCGACAGCGGCCUGGAGGCAGUGGCUGUGCGGCAGAAUGAGAAGUACUACAUCCUGCGGCCGGAGGUCAUCGAGACCUACUGGUACAUGUGGAGGUUCACCCACGAUCCCAAGUACCGGCAGUGGGGCUGGGAGGCAGCACAGGCCAUUGAUAAGUACUGCAGGGUGAGCGGAGGUUUCUCGGGGGUGAAGGACGUGUACUCCUCCAACCCGACCUACGACGACGUGCAGCAGAGCUUCUUUCUGGCCGAGACACUCAAGUAUCUGUACCUGUUGUUCUCCAGCGAUGACCUGAUGCCGUUGGAGAGCUGGGUCUUCAACACGGAGGCUCACCCGCUUCCUGUCCUCCACCUGGGCAACAUCACCCUGCCUGGCAGCGAGCCGGCUCAGCGGUAGACAGACAGGCCCUCUUCCUCCACCGCAGCACCAGGGGGCGCCACAUGGCUGCCCGUCUGCCUGCCCAAAAACCCACCCUCCAACACUGGACAAACUUACAUUCAGCUCUACGGACUCUCAACUGCUUUUGGACUGCGGACAUCAACCGGAGGAGACGGAGAGAGAGUCUCCAGCACAGACCACUGCAGAGUGGAGAGGACUUAGUUGCUGACUCUCCCUCUCUUCUUCUAUGUUUUACUCUUUGACUCUCUCUGUUGACCUCUGUCUUCUCUGCUCUUAUCAGAAGGACGGUGGGUGUGCUGCUCAGCCUCACGCUUGGCGUGAAUGAACUCUUUACUCUGAAGGACCGAGCUCCAGACCUGGAGGCGUGAUUUCGUUUUUUUGUUUUUAUUUUUGGUGUUUCAUUUGACCGAACCUUCCUCCCGUACAGACUCAAGAUGAGGCACUGAGAGUGCACAUGGGAUUUUGGGAAGGAUCACGCAGUCAGUUUGACACUGUACUGAUGGUUUUUCCAGGCAGACAGACUUGAGGACUUUACAGGGUCUGUUGAUAAGGUGUGUUUGUUUUUGUUUUUUUGGGGUUUUUUUUGGACAAAUCCUAAAUGGGGACACAGGGUUCAAUCAGAGCCCUCCGCUUCUCCCUGACCCAGCCCUUCCCCAGUCCACUCCCCCAGUUUAAUCUUCAUCAGAUGAACUUUGACCUGGAACUGUUAGCAGCAUCAUCAGUGUCAGAGUGGGUCAUGGCAACAGUCCCCACCUCCUCAAAUCCUCCUUUUUCAGAAAAGUGGACCAUUAUACGUGGAACAGAAACUACACAGGGACAGCAGCAGGCCUCCUCAUCUUCUUCAUCACCCCCCACCUCGACAUCUUUCCAGUUUCUCCUCCAUUUACAGACUUUUCAGAGCCGCAGCCCCCAAACCAUUCUGCUGCUACUCGAGCGGAUGCUGCUUUUUCUUUUUUUAAAAUCUCUCUUCUCCACAUUUUUCUGUUCGCAUUGUCGCAUAUUUUCUCCCCAGCUUAUCAACCGUCCUCUCAUCUCUCACAUUCGCUUAUUUUCAUAUCGUUCAUUGUGAGAUGAGGCUGGAGCCCAACAGUGAGUGUGUGUAUGAGUGUGUGUGUGUGUGUGUGUGUGGUGGUUAAACUAACCCCUGCUGUAAAUCAUUUUUUGUGCACUUUGUAUGGGAAGACUAUGAAGAAGAGGAAAAUAGAGGUGUAGCACUGAAAGAGCUGAAUAAAUGAAACCUCCUUGUGUGUCCCCGCUGAGCUCCUCUGCCACGUUUUCUCUGUUGGACUCUGCCUCUUAACUCCAGGCUUCCUAAACUCACUGUGGUGUUAGAAACCUCCAACACUCUACCGCUUUUUCCAGGAUCCCUCUCUUAUUUUCUGCUUUCUCCUCUCUCCUCCAUUUUACCCUUUACUUCCCCUCUCCACCAUAAAAAGUCCAACAACUUGACGGCCUUUAGUCUCAGGGUUCCCGCAUGACUCUGAAAAGUCUGGCAGAGAAUGAAACCUUAUGUCGUGUCCAAGUUUUGGAUAAUAUCUUAAAAAUGUCAGAAUCGCAAAAACGUUUUGGAUAAUGUGGAAGUGUUGUUUUCAAACACAUUGACCUGAUAGAUUUACAGCAUUUAGCUGUGAACCUGUCCCCUCUGUGUUAUCAUAUUGUCCAACUGCUAAAUGUCGACGUCAUAUCAUCAGACAAACGUCAGAAUCUUCUGAGUUCUGGG